CUGGAUUAUUAUAACUAAUAAUAGAGAUUAUUGAAUGAAUAUCAAAGAGAUGCACAAUUAAGAAAGAGACAAAAAACCACAAUAGAUCAUAAAAUGCCUCAAGAUUGUAGAGUUAUUAAAGAUGUUAUAUGCUGAAAUAAAUUAUCUUGAUGUUGAAUAAAAGAAUGAAUUUCUAGAUGAUUUUAUUGAACAAUGUCUAAAAGGUUCUUUGGAUGAUUCGAAAUCUGAUUGUUCAUUAUUUUUAAAUCAUUAUAUUACAAAGAGAGGAAAUGGUUGUACAAUUAGAAAUGGUCAUAAAGUAUUUGAGUGUUAAAAAUGUCAAGAAACUUUUAAGACUCAUUAGAUAUUAGGGAAUCAUACUUCUAAAAGCCAUCGAAAAUUCUAGAAGAUAAAUAAAUCUAUAAAAAAAUUUUGA